UCGCCAUCAAACUUGACACGCCAGGAGUCCGUGCAGCCAGCUGGUGGAAGCUGAAGGAAUCUGGCUGACACAUCGGUCUGUCCAGCGGGUCACUCAGUGAGGGGGACACUCGUGGAAGCAGCCGCUUAAAGCACAACUAUCCGGCCUCCACUGCAGCGGGAACAGAGACUUUAAUCGGCGGCGAAAACAGGAAGUUACCAUGAUGGCAGUCCUGGGCAGCGCCGGUCGCUUGAUCCAAUUUGCCAGGAGCAGCGUCAGUCUGAGUGUCAGGAGACGCUCCACUGCUGCUGCUUUAGCCCAGACUGUGACUCCAGAAACACAGGAGAACAGGAAACCUAAGACGGGCAUCUUGAUGUUAAACAUGGGAGGACCCGAGAAACUAGAAGACGUUCACGACUUCCUGCUGCGGCUCUUCAUGGACACAGACCUGAUGAAACUCCCUGUACAGAAUAAGCUCGGCCCGUUCAUCGCCAAGCGCCGCACGCCGAAAAUCCAGGAGCAGUACAGUAAGAUCGGAGGAGGCUCGCCCAUCAAACACUGGACCUCCAUGCAGGGAGAGGGCAUGGUGAAGCUGCUAGACGAGAUGAGUCCUGAGACAGCUCCUCACAAGUUCUACAUCGGUUUCCGGUAUGUUCACCCGCUGACGGAGGAAGCCAUUGAGGAGAUGGAGAAAGACGGAGUGGAGAGAGCCGUGGCCUUCACGCAGUACCCUCAGUACAGCUGCUCCACCACAGGCAGCAGUCUGAACGCAAUCUACCGUUACUACAGCAACAGAGGCGACAGGUCAAAAAUGCGCUGGAGUGUCAUCGACCGUUGGCCCACACACCCUCUGCUGGUGGAGUGUUUUGCAGAACACAUCAGUAACGAGCUGCUGAAGUUCCCUGAAGAAAAGAGAGACGACGUUGUCAUUCUGUUCUCGGCACACUCGCUCCCCAUGGCUGUUGUAAACAGAGGUGACCCAUAUCCUCAGGAAGUGGGAGCCACAGUUCAGAGAGUCAUGGAGAGACUGGGACACUGUAACCCCUACAGACUAGUGUGGCAGUCCAGGGUGGGGCCCAUGCCGUGGCUCGGCCCACAGACAGACGAAGUGAUUAAAGGUCUGUGCGAAAGAGGGAAGAAGAACAUCCUGCUGGUGCCUAUCGCCUUCACCUCCGACCACAUAGAGACUUUACAUGAGCUGGACAUCGAGUAUGGGCAGGUGCUCGGGGAGGAGUGUGGUGUGGAGAACAUCAAGAGAGCAGAGUCGUUAAAUGGGAACCCUCUCUUUAUGAAGGCUCUGGCAGACCUGGUCCAGUCCCACCUGAAGUCCAACCAGCCCUGCUCCCGUCAGCUGACCCUCCGCUGCCCGCUGUGCACCAACCCCACCUGUGGAGAAACCAAGGCCUUCUUCGCCAGUCAGACGCUCUCGUAGAAACGCACACACACCCACACACUCUGGUGCCCUUCCUGCAGCAAUGCUACCUGUGAAGAAACUUAAGGCCUUCUUUGAUAAACAGAAGACUCACACGUUAACGCACACGUCUCUCCAGCCAGAGUGUUGGUUACAUAUUAAACAGGAAAUGAAGACUUAGCCAAAUGGUAUCUGCAAAUACGUGCUGACGUUUGUUUUAUUGUACGAACAACACCAACAUCUGCUCUUAACACUCACUUCAGAUUACCAGAAUAUUCUUGAUUCGGUCACAUGUAUUUGCAGUCACCAUUUGGGGAACGUCUGCGCAGAUAAAGGAACCGACGCUCUGCAGAACCUGCUAACAUCACAUCAACGCUACAGGAAAACGCCUUGCACUAGUUUGCUUUUGUUCAUCACAGCUCCCUUGGUUACAUUCCAUUUGCUUAGCCCCUGCAAACCCCCACUAGAGACCCUGUUGCUCUUCUUGCCGGUGCUAAAUGAAUAACGACACCAUACACAAGGGAUCUGGUUGGCUGGCUGCUUCUCUCCCCCGGCGUCUUACCUGUUACAUCACGCCACUGACCCACCAGCCAGUAACCCCACUCAUCCUGCUGCAAUCCUUGCAAUGUGAUUCUAGGAGGUUGGUGCUGCUUCAAAAUGCUGCUGCCUGAUAGGUGGAUACCACUGAGCUUAAAGGUUGACUUUGAUGUUUUCCAACCUGAACCCUAUUUUAUCAUGUUUCCGCGUCUAAGUGACAAAUGGGAGCAACAGUUUUAUGAACCUGGUCCAGUCUUGAGGAGAGCACUGAAGCCGGCAGUGGUGAAAAGACGCAGCAAUGUAAUGUUAAAGGGCAAUCCUGCAUCGUCAAGUUUCAUCCAAAAAAAAAAGUGCUUGUUUUUGCCACUGACAGGCUCAGAUUGUUAUUAUAAGUGUCUGUGAAUAUUAUGGAGGGGAUCCCGACAGAGAUAGACCUGUUUGUUAAAGAGUAAGAUCCUUUUUGUUUCACCAAACGCUAUCGCCAAACCCACCAAACUCCAUUUAAAUAAACAGGCAUUUUAUCAUCAUAAAAGACACUUAAUUCAAAGUCAACAGAGAGAAAAUAAAACUCUCAAAAACAGUCUUGGUUCAUCUUACUGCUGUUCCAACAAUCACCAACUCUGAUCUGGUUGAAAUAAACCCUUAAUAUACCCAGUUAAAUGUGAAAACAUGCUGCCUCUAUACAGGCUAAAAUUACUGUUUAUUUAAAUAGAGUCUGGUGGGAUGGCGAGAAUGAUUUUGAGGCAGUUUCUGGUCAAACAAAAAGGAUCUAAGGGUGCUUUCACACCUGCCCUGUUUGGUUUGGUUCAGUCAAACUCAAUUUUUUUUUGCCCCCUAAGUGCGGUUCGUGCGCACUAGAACAACCGGACUGAGACCUUCUUGAAGAGGUGGUGUCGGUCUGGUUACAACCGAACUCUGGUGCUGUUCAUUCUAACCUCGAACUGCAGUCACAUUAUUAAUGUGCACCUCCUCUUGUACUGCCGUAAUAUGCACAUUCGGCGCAUCCAAUGCAUCAAUUUGCGCAUUCGGCAGUCCAAUCACGCGCAGCUCCAACUGGAAAACAAACUAUAUGGCAGCGCUAAAAUCAACCUGCGUAGUUGUCCCUCCAUUGUGACAUUAGAAAGUGUCACAUUUAUCUUGCAAGUGUACUCUUCUUCUGACCAAUCAAGAGCAGCUUUCUCACACAAGGCAUUUGAUCUGGUCCUCUUGUAAAUGCUGCCGUGAGAACACGAACCAACUCUAGGCAAUUAUACAACUUUGGAACAACAUGAGUUCCUGAUUCAGACCAAAGGAGACGACUCUAGGGCUGAGAGCAGCCUAAACACUUUAAGAAAAACGUCUAUCUCUGUAGGGAUCCUUUCAUAAGUUGUCAGAUUCUUACAAUAACAAUCUGAUCCUGUCAGGGGCAAAAAGAAGCACUUUUGGUGGAUGUAAAAUUUUUUUUUUUUUUAAAAGAUGGACAGGACAGGUAAGCGUGAAAGGGGGAGAGAGAGAGAGGGGAUGACAUGCAGCAAAGGGCCACAGGCUGGAUUCGAACCCGGGCCACUGCGGCAACAGCCUUGUACAUGGGGCGCCUGCUCUACCACUAAGCCACCAACGCCCCUUGGUGGAUGUAAAUUGAUGGUGCAUUACAUUGCAGCCUGUUUGCCAGCUGCAGCCCUCCCGCUGAAUACUGGACUGAUUUCCCAAAUUGGUCUCCAUCAGUCACUUAGACACAAAAACAUGGGACAUAAAAAAUACCCUUUAAGAAUGAAAAAGAGCUCUUUAGAAGGAAUUGUGCGGCUCCUUUAAGGAUACAAGAGAGUUAACUGCGUGACGGAAAGAUUAAGGUUGAACAAAUCUGAAUCCUGCAUCUCCUCUGCGCCGACGCUGACCCUGUACAGAGCUAUCUAAGAGUUUAGAAAAGGCGUUGCUUGAUCUUUACAGCAAACCAGAGUGCAGCUGUAGUCCAUCUAAGAUAAGAAAUAAGUUUCUGGUGUCGGGACUUCUCAGGGUGUCAUGACAUAAUGUGUGGGGUAUUGUCAGGUGGAGAAACAUGUUGUUUCUGUACAAAUCCAUUAACAUGUUUAUUUUAUACUCUUGUUUUUUGCUUUUUGUCUGCUGAAAUAUUGAGCGUUCUGAGCCUCUCGGCCUCCGCUGAUAACAAAUCAAAAACUGAAAAGGGAAAAUUGAGGUGUUCUCCUCUGUCACAAAAAAAAACAGACUAACACAGUUCUUCAUUCUGGGGUAGACUGGCUCAGUAAGUCACUAUAAACGAGGCAUGUUAUGUUGUUGCAGUAAAAUGAAGAGUGCAAGUUCUUGCUUAAGUUCAUAUACUUUAGAGAUGUGCCAUUGUGUGGCGGCUUCAGGAGAAGGAAGCUACCAGUAGGUCAUUUUGAUAGAUUCGAUAUCCAUCAGGAUUUUACGGCGCUCUUGAUGGGGAAGAACACACAGGAAUAAAUGCUGCUGGUUUUGAAAUCCAUCAAUGUGAAAUGAUAGCGGUCCCCAGCUAGGCUGUUCUCAUGAAAACAAAGCUUUGCAUCAGCGUUCACAGCCUUACAAUAUGACGUUCUCCGGCAACACGUUCUCAACCCCAACUCGUCAAAUACAGCAGCUUGGUCAGAGGUCCUACGCCUCAAAGUCUGACACUCUCGAUACCCCUCUAGAGUCAGUUUUGGAUGUGUCAAUAACCUCUUGUUAUAUGCUACAGUGUACUUUCAAAACAAACGUCUGUGUUCACAGAAAAUGUGGGUUUCGGCGACCACUUCAGGUGUAGGCAACCAAACUACCUGGUUAGGUUUUAAAAAAGAUUAUGGUUUGGGGUAGAACAAGUAUAUUUGGUGCGUAGCUUUACUUCUGUCCGUGAGGUAACAAAUAUGUCUGUCACGUGACACGAAUGCAACGUUACUUUAACUACAUUUUGUAGUUCUAAAACACUCAACACAGGCUGUAUCCGUCUUUAAAUUGUGUCAGUCGAUUCAGAUUUGGCCGCUGUAUAUGAAUGUUCGAUGAUGGGGUUUUUUUUGAAGAAGAAGAUAUACUUGAUUAAUCCCUGAGGGGAAAUUCAAUUGUAAUCAGACUUGACCCAACAAUGGCAUUCAUGUAACAUAGUAAAUAAGCUAACAGUGCUAACAACAGAUCGGAAAUCUGCAACAUACUUUAUCAUAUUAAGUACCCGUGAGCUGUAAAGUCGCUACUUCCAAACAGAAAAGAGAAGAUAAAGUUGUCCUGCAGCCUUACGGUAGAAAGUUUCUCCUCCUCUGUGCGCUGCAGCACGUCCGCAGCGGACUGUACCAAAGAGUAGGGUGAAAGUCAAAAGCACUCUCUCCGCAGCAAAAUCUGGGGGCCAAAACAUCCCCAUAAGUACACAGCACAGCACACUGACUAGCAAUUCGAAUCUCCGACAUUCAAGGUGCAGCCCUGAGCUCAACGUUGACUUUUGGUAUUACAAACACAGGUCCCCUGGGUGAAAGUCCUGUCUUUGUUUGAUCCAUCUGCCACCCAUGUGGACUUUCUCGCUUUGUAUACUGAGUCAUAGUCUUGAAUGGUUUUAGCAUGGAAUUAUCUGUAAGCCUGGUGUAUUAUACAGAUGCUGGAAGAGUGUUCAAGGGUAUCGUGGGCUGAUGACCAAGCUGCCAUAUUUGGCGCCCUGGGGAUGGACGCGGGUUGUCUCCAGUCAGUAUGAAGUCAGUGUCUCAAAUGUCAACAGAUGCUUGUGGAAACGCCCACGCACAAGCUUGAGUUUUAGAUGCUGUCUCUACAAAUAUGUCCAAAAAAUGAAGGCUGCGUAUUUGGACUUAAAUCAAUAUCGAAUCUGAUGCGAGUGGGCGUUGUUGCUUUCCCAUCAGCUGUCUUUAACUCCGGUGUUUUUGUUGCAGUUUCCUAAAUCACAUGCAUGGAUUUUGAAACCUGACAGCACUGAGUAUCCUCAAAUAUUUUAUUUUUCCUGCCAACUGCGCCGUGAAGCCGUCUGUAGUUUCCUCUUUCAAUCAUCUCGCCUAUUAAUUAAGUUGCCGAACGUCAUUUUGAGCCUCUGGGCUAAUUUUGUGCAAAUACUACUGUUCAUUACUAAUACUGAUCUAAUGCUUUGAUCCAUCAGUGUAGACAUAGAUGUUUAAUUUUGUAAGGUAUUUAAUAAUGGAACAAAAAUGGCCUCUUCUAAUCGCUGUGAGCACACUGAGCCCAAACAUUUUCAGUUUGAGGCGGCGAGACAAAAUGCUUUUGUGUUCGUAACAUUGUCAGUUUGGUGGGAGCAGAAGACGCUUUUGAGGGUCUGCAGGAAAAGCAUUAAAAAAAACAACAUAAAAAUACAAUCAUGCUGGAAUUUUUCUUUAAUAGCAAGAUGCAAUAUGUGUUCUGUAAAACAAAUACCGUGUAGAGACGUAGCACAGAUAAGUCAAAAAUGACAUGUAGGAUUGUUUGAACAUAGAUUCACUUUGACUUCGGUCUGGCUGAACUUCAAUGCAGUUUGUUUUCUCCAUCCACGUACACCUCCCUGACCACAGUGCAGUAACUAAUGUGAAAACCUGAUGUAACGAGUCAGUAGAUUGAUUUUAAAUGUGCUUUUUGCCGUCAGGUGCUACAGCUCCAGAAAAUGUCUUGAAGUUCACAGGUUUGAUCCCAUCUGCUGAUGAGACUCCCUGAUAAUGUGUAAAUGUCAAAGUAAAAUCUUACACUUGUUAUGGGUAGUAACUUGACCUCUGACCCUGUUGUCCAUCUACUGUUUUUGUCCUGGUAUGCCAUGAUAAUGUGCCUUUUACACUGGCGAACUAGAAAUAUUGAACUUGAGCUUUAUGUUCAUUUUUACAUGUGCUUAACCAAAAUGCUGAUGGGAAAAAUCCACCCUCGAAUCUGAAUUUUACAUGUUCCUGCUGUGAUCUCGGCCACUCUCUUGCCGUGUUGCAAACCAGAACAAAAGAUCCUGAGCGAUGUUUUAUAUUCCAAACCUCUGUAAAUGAACUCUAAACUGUACAAGUUUAGCGAACAGCGAGCUAACUGGAUAGAGGGCGAGCUAAGUGUUGGCGGACAGGUGGCAGUAUUUCUGCAAAGCCUUCAUCACUGGCAGAACAUAUAAUAAAAUAUUCAAUAUUACAGGGGGACACUGCUACAAAUGCAUAAUGAAGGGCUGACCCGAAUGCUUUGAAGUGUCAUCUGUUGCCAUGGUAAUUACCAUCCAAAUCAGCAAUUGAAUGGCUCAUUUUUUUUGUUUGUUUUUUUCAACAGUUAACUGGUGGAAGAAACUGAAAAGAGGUGGCAAAUGUCAGACACAGAUGGAGUUAAACUGGCUGUCUAACAAGGAAAAGAAACAGUUGAGACAAAAUGUGGAUGGUAAUCCGCAGUUGGCAACUGCAGCGAUGCACUUGCUUUUCAUCUAGUGAUACGAAAAACUUGGUGAAAGUCCUACCAAUGUUGGUCGAGUCUGGGUUGAGUGUGUACGAACGCCGCACUUGAGUCCCGUUCAAAGCUUUGAAUAUUCACAGGUUAUCAUUCCUAAAGCUUCAAAGCUCCAAAUGUGAUGUUCGAGAUUGCACCCAUAAAAAAGUAGCUUAUAGACGACUUGUAUGCCACGAGCACGGAGCUAACAAUGAUGGUAGCCAUUUUGGAAUAAUGCACGAACAUUCCCCUGUGGCAUAUUUCGCAGAUGUCCCGUUCCUCCGAGGGCCCCAUGAAGGUGCUUUGAAGUCAGUGGCUAUACAGUGAAAUUAUAACUGUUACAGGACGCCAUGUGGCCCAAAAAGAUACUUUCCCAUAGACUUACAUUGGAAAAGAGACAUCUGUAAGUCAAUGGAUAACAGACCCUGUGAAUGACUCGUUUCACUAUCGGGAUUUGAUCCAUUUGGUCAGAUAACUUUUUGAAAGUCCAAAAGAGCCGUAAUAUUAUUAUUUUUCUUAUCCCAUUCAAGUUAGCAGAGCACUAAACCAGAAGUUGGCCGCUUAACUCGCGAAAGUCUCCAGUGCGCCUGCUUCAGGGGUCCAACGAUGCAAAAGUUCGAGGUAAUUUAGUACCCAGGAAGUCAAACUCUUUAGCAACUUUAAUGUGAAUGAACAGGGCCCUGCCUCCUACGCUGUAUCCAGCUCUCUUUAUACAUCCAUGAUGCAUCCAGUUCUGCUGAUGUGGCUCAACAAAUCAUAAGGUAGCCAACUAAUGUGUGCAUACAGUGCUCACUCACUAGCUAGUUAGCUCACUUACUCGUGCAGCCAUUCUGAAGAUGAAAGGUUUGUUUGAGAUGAGCCAGACCGUGUCUUUGUUCGCUGUCUUGCUGAGCGCGUUGCAUGAUGGCUAGUCCGACUUGUUCUGGAGGCUCGACUGCGUGCGAAUUUGUAAGUGGAGUUAUGCCAACUCUGAGCUGGUCGACUUCAGACACUCUAUCCCCAACUGACAAGCCACAACUCAUCUCAAACAACCCUGUUGUGACAGAACAUACAAGAUGGCUGCCGACUUGUCGAUAGUCAGGGCUCCAAGUUAGUUUUCAAAACCAAAAAAGCAGAUGCUCAGACCUGUAAUAUGUCCUAUUCUCCUGUUAGCUGCCUGAAGACAUUUGAGACCUUUCUGAAGAGCUUGUCACACUCGGAUCAGCCUUUCUCCAGUCACACGCCGGUGCUUUUUGGUAUUGUUACCUUUGAUUACCAAGGACAAGUCGCCACGUUGGAAGAGAGACGUUAAAAUUCAGAAAGACUUGCACUUUUUUCUCUUAAUGUGUAGCUUAAUUAGAUGUCUUACCAGCAAUUCAAAUUUCCAGCUUUAUAUUUCACUGAGUCACUCUUUAAACAUGGUAACACGUUGUAACCAUUGGUAACCACCAGCAACGCUCACAUGAAAUGUGCAGUUUUAGUUGGUACAUUUUUCUGCUUCCACUUUUCAGCAUCACUUGUGCUUUCAGUGCUCUUCCACAGGUUUGAAAGGGACGCGUUUGUUUUUGAGGAAUACUUUACUUAGAGUUCUUUGUUUGAUGCAUAACUUGAGAUAUAUUAAAUUGUGUCAUCAGCAUAGUUUGGCUCAAUUACUGGAUGCCAGUGAGUUUAAGUGGCUGCUCACUUUAAAGCAAGUCCAAUGUUUCCUUGUUAAUGCAGAGCUGCUAGCUGAUCCCACAGACACUGAGCUAAGCUAAGCUAAUCUCGCUCUAAUAAGAUGCCUUCAAACUGCAUAUUGGUGUUAGAAAACAAAAGUUCCUCUAAAAACCAAACUGCCAAUUGUAAAGAGUCCAACAUGUGCACAAGUGGCAGAACGAGGUCACAGCAGGAAGUCAUGCUAACGUCUGUGAUGGGUGGGAUUCUCCUCCAACAAUAUGUUUUCUCAUUUAUUUUUACUGAUCCUCCGUGUGUCCGUUUGACAACUCUGUGUUGUUAAGAGUUCUGCGCUGUGUGUGUGUGUUUAGCUGGAAAUGCAUUAUGCAGAGUUUGCGUUGUACAUAUAACAAAGACGCUACGGCUUCGCAGCAGCUCUAGCGUCCUUUUUUUAGUUGUUUGGAAUUAUUUAUUUUUGUUUUUUUGAUGUGUUCCAGACCACAAAAAUCAUCUUGUCUCCACUGUUUGAACAUGUUUAUUUUUUUUUAUAUUUGAGAGACAUGGUAUUAGCAGUGCGAUUACACAUAACAACGAGUCUUCCUUAAAAUAAAAUACAAUUUCAAAAAAAUAACAA